UCUCGUACGUGGGAGGUGAUAUCCAGUACACAACUAGAAGCGGGUACCUUGUUGUGAACUGAUUAUUUUAAUGUGUUGCACAUAAUUUGCAGUGAUAAUGUAACAAGAAACAACAAAACAAACAUGUCUAUUUUUCAUCCUGUGGACCAUACUUAGCGUUGAUCGCACAGAUCAACGUUCAUUUGUGUUGGGCUUUCGUGCCCUGAACCAAUAUGGCGAUUGUGUAUUUAUUUUAUUUGUGUAUCGUAGUAAAUUUAGGUGGAUUUACAGAAAUUGGAACGCUUGCAGAGAAUUUGAGAUGUCCAUCACAGUGCUCAUGUCUUGGAAAUUUUGUUGAUUGUUCUCGGCAAGGUUUAAUCGCUGUUCCAAAGGAUCUGCCGAUCUGGGUUACACGAUUAGAAGUACAAUAUAAUGCCAUAUCAGAAUUGAGAAGUGAAGAUUUUAGAGGACUGAAGAACUUAACCCUUCUGGAUGUCAGUAAUAAUGAAAUCAAAUUUCUAAAUGGUUCAGUCCUGGAACACCUUUCUGGUUUACAACAGUUCAAAUUAAACCACAAUAAACUGACAGAAUUUCCAAAGUUGAUAGGACUGAUAUCUCUCUCAUCCAUAGAAGCGAAUCAUAAUCGAAUAACAUUUAUUGCCCAGGAAUUCUGCUUGCAUAUGCCACAGCUAAAGGCAAUAGAAAUGAACAACAAUUACAUUACUGAUAUUUCUCCUGGUGUAUUUCCUGUCAAUAAUGUCAUUCACAAAAUAAACCUGAACAAUAAUAGAUUAGAAACUCUAGAAUCUGGUUGCCUUGACAACUUGACAUCUAUAGAAGUUCUGAAGAUGAACAAGAACAGAAUAGACAGAAUACCUAAAAAAUUAUUUGACAAAUUAACACAGCUGAAAACUCUGGAAAUAACUAAGAACAGACUGUCAAGGUUAGAUGGAAUGUCUUUUCAGAAUUUAAUUCAUCUACAAAUGCUGAAACUUAGAAAAAAUACAAUAUCUACAAUGAAUGAUGCUACUUUCUUUGGAUUAAAAGAACUGCAUACCUUACAACUGGACCACAACAAUAUUACCACUGUUUCCAGUAAAUGGCUGUAUGAUUUGAAGUCUCUUAAAGAAAUCUCUCUCCAUCACAAUAAGAUAACAAGAAUUGAAGCCAACAGUUGGCAGUACUGCCCAAAACUGGUAAAACUAGAUUUGUCUCAUAACAAGCUGAAGGCUAUUGUCAAAGAAUCCUUCAAGAACCUGAUGGCAACUAAUGUGCUAUUAUUGAAGAAUAACAACAUUCAGAACAUUGAAGAAGGAUCUUUCCAUGAUUUGGUCUUUCUCACUGAACUAGAAUUAAGUAACAAUGAACUUUCCUGGACAAUAGAAGAUAUGAAUGGAACCUUCAGUGAACUACAUAAUUUGGAAAGUCUAAGUUUGGAGAACAACAAAAUCAAGUCUAUUGCCAAGAAUGCUUUUAAUGGUCUAAUCAAAGUGAAAACAUUAAAUCUUCUCAAUAAUGCAAUAUCUACCAUCCAGUCAAAUGCUUUUGAGACCAUGGUUGAGAUGGAUUCAUUGAAAUUUUACUCUACUAACUUCUUGUGUGACUGUAAACUAGCCUGGUUAUCACAGUGGUUGAUGGCCAAGAAAUUUGAAAAGUCUGUCACAGCUAAAUGUCAACAUCCUUCUGAACUUGAGGGAAAAAGUAUCUUCAGUAUUGAUCCUGAACUUUUCAAGUGUGAUGGUAAUACAUUAAAACCAGUGAUCAGUAUCAGUCCCAGCUCCAGGAAAGCUGUACAGGGAGAUAACAUUACUCUUACCUGUGAAGCUGUCAGCACCAAGGAUUCAGAUACUCAAUUCAAUUGGAGAAAGGACAAUAUGUUACUGCUGAAUCCAAUAACAGAGAAUAAUGUAGGAAAAGAUAAUACUAAGAUAAUUAGAUACUCCUCCAAACUACAUCUUUAUGACUUGAAGGACAGUGAUUCUGGGGUCUAUCAAUGUCUUAUAUCUAACAGCUUUGGACCAGCAUACUCUAGGAAGGCCACCAUUGAAGUCCAUGUAUUCCCCCACUUCUCGAAGAAACCAUUUGAUGUAACAGUCAAGGUUGGGUCAGCUGCACGUUUGGAAUGUUCUGCCACUGGUCGACCUAAUCCAACCAUUUCUUGGUCCAAAAAUGGAGGAGAUGAUUUUCCAGCAGCUAGAGAAAGGCGUAUGCAUGUUAUGCCAGACGAUAAUAUCUUCUACAUCCUUGAUGUGACGAAGUUUGAUGAGGGAACUUAUACUUGCACUGCCAAAAAUGAUGCAGGAUCUAUUAGUGCUAAUCUUAAUCUCACAGUUUUGCAAAUCCCAGCGUUUGUGAGACCAAUGGAAAGGAUUAAGAAAACACAAGAGGGAGGUACAACUGUGAUAGAAUGUAUGGCAGAGGGUAUUCCAAAACCUAGAUUGACUUGGUAUAAAAGUAACAAACCUCUUGAAUCAAAUCAACAACGAUAUUUCUUUACUGCUGAUAACCAACUGUUAAUAAUUGUUCAAACUCAGGCCAGUGAUGCAGGAGAAUAUAAGUGUAAUAUGACCAAUACCCUGGGACAUGUCAGUGGUGUAUCAAAGCUAGUUGUGUUUCGUGGCGAUAAACAGAUAUCUGUUGAUCCCAAACCUGGACCUCUUAUUACAAAUCCAAGUGAUGAAUCGACAACAACAGGAAUAAUAAUCAUUGCAGUAGUUUGUUGUGUGGUUGGAACAUCACUGGUAUGGGUUAUCAUUAUAUAUCAGACUAGAAAGAGACAUGAAAUGUACAGUGCUACACCAACUGACGAGACCACUUUACCCGGUGAAGUGGCAGGCCAGGGAUACCAGCCAUAUCCAGAUGGUACCUUGUACAAUGGUCCUAUGACUGUUCAGGGCUAUCCGUAUCAAGACUAUCAAAUACAGGAAUCUGGGUACGAAUCUUCAUCGGGACAGUAUCGUGCUCCGAGAGCAGCGAUAUUUCCGAGUGAUGUUGAUGAAGAGGAGAAUAAUAUGACAGCUCAGUUAACUUUUCAUGAACAUAAGAAUCGGGAUAAUAGUGAUAGUGACAUAAAUUAUCCGAAUAGUGAGACAGAUUCAAUGAAAAGUUCUCAAAGUACAAGUAGUACUCAUACGAGUGGACAUCAGACUUUACAAACGUUUCGUCCAAUACUCAGUAAUUCUAAUACUUUUGUAAAUAGAACUCAAUCUCAGUCAGAUUCUUGUGAAAAUUGUGAGAAACAGAGACACUCUUCCAGUGCUGAUAUUCAUUCAUGUCAUAAACAAUCUAUACACAGUAUACCUAUACCGAAUGGAGUGGCACUUCAUCAUGGCUCACUACCUCAGCCACCAGGUUACUCUAGUUUAAAAGAUUCCUCAUGUAUAAUUUGCAAUUGUGAUAAAGAGGUCAGUGGAUGUACUAGUCAACUGUCCCAAACACCACCAUACUCAGAUCCUUGUAAUCAUCAUACCAAAGUACCUUCAUCACCAAAUGGACCACAUACAAGUUGCCAUAACUCAUCUAAUACUCCAGACAGUGACAAUAGUCAAGAGAAAAAACCACCUGCCAUUCCUCCAAAACAACAUAAACAUUCUCAUCUUCAUUCUAAUACUUGUUCUUUACCGAAUGGCGUCCAUUUAAUGGUUAAUGGAUCUGUCGUUCAUGGUGCUGUAGACAUUUAGUAUUUAUUUUUCAAAUUGUGAUUUGCAUAAUAUUUAAAGAUGAGUUUGUUAGAUUUUUUUUAAACAGAAAAAGGACAUGUAUUGUUAUAUAGUUCAAUAUCUGUUUUGUUUUUGAUGAAAACGGAUCAGUUUAAUAAUUAUUUUUUAAAUCUAAAAACAGUAAAAUUUCUUGUUUAUUCAAUGAAUGUAAGGGCAUUAUCAUUAUUUUUGCUUAAAGUGCCAUUACAUAAAAUUUGUUAUUUAAAUUAUGCUUUAUUUCUAGUAUUGAGUAUGAAGGUACUACAAAUCUUUGCUUAUGAAAAUGAAGUUUGUUUUGAAAAUGUCCGUAUAUUUUUUUUUAUGAAUUUGGUGAAUGCCAUUAUACUUUUGUCUAAUUUUGGAAUACUGAAUGUUUAUUAUUAAUUAUUAGAUUUAUCAUACUUUAUUAAGUCCAACCAUUUCAUGAAAGCAGUAUAAUGAAAAAUAAAUAUAAGCUCUUAAGGUACCUACUUACCAGCUAUAAAUCUGCUUCAUUGGCCAUUAGAUCUUUUAAAAUUAAAAUUUUUACUGAAAAAGACUUUAGUUUGAAUUAUCGGUAGUUUGAAUUGUAAAUUUUACUAAUGAAUCUUAAAUGGCAUUUUUUUUUUAUAAUUUUGUUAUACAUCAUGUUUUUAUAGAAAUUUCAUUUUGUGAAUCAUGUUAAAAUUAUCGUGCAUUGUACUUUGCUGUAUAUAAAUGACGAGAUAUACCUCAGAGAGAGCCCAGAAACUUACUAAUGGCUUUUCUACCAGAUUGAUACAAAUACAAUUUUUUGUCAAACAGUUAAACAUCAUCACAAUCUUUUGGAGUACAAAAGUCCACUAUUUAGUGGUUACAAAUAAUGGAUGAUUUUAGACAUUUGACCUCCAUAUUUUAAUAUGAGUUUUACUGGGCAGUCUCAGUGUUCUUGUAAAUGGCAUCUGGACCAAUCAGUUAACUCCAAAAAUGUUCCUAAAAUACAUCACCAUUUCUAUUUUUAUUUACUGCAGGGAAGUCCUAGUUCAUUUUCAAUGGCUUUAAUUUGUUGAUUUUAUUUAGAAUAUUAGUAUAGCUGUGUGUAUGUCAUUGAAUCAGCUUUAUGAAGUUAUGAUUUACAAAAAUAUUUUUCUUAUCUGGAUUGAAAUUUGAAAAACAAACAAUUUAUUCCACCAUAUAGAUGUGGUAACAAAUCAGACCUGUAAAAUAUUUUGCUACUUCUCAUCAGAAAUUUAAUGCAUUGAUUUGAGACUAUCUUACACAAUUAAUUUAAUUUAAGUAGAGUUAUAAUAUAACUUCUAUUACACAAAUAUUCUGUUUUAGCCAGAAUCACAUUUUGUGCAAGAAACUUUUGUUAAACAGAUGAGAAAACAUGAAAGCAAAAAUUAACAAAAAUUAAUCUUUGGAAACAACAAAAGUAUACAAAAUUUAACACAGGACCCUUCUCCUCCACAAAAAGGUAAAGCAAUGCAUUCAUUCUUGUUUAAAAUAGGGAUUUAUUUUAAAAUAUUUAUUUAUUAUAUUCAAGGUCUAAGUAAAAUCUGAAGAAAAGCAAACAAUAAAUGUCUUUACAUAGGUUUUGUUAAGCUGGUCUAAGAAAAUGAGGCUAUUCUAUACACAAGUUUUUGGUAAUGAAAAAGUAAAACAUGAAUAUUUAUGAAGCUGGUUUAAUUUUGACAUGAUUGUGAUAGAAAUAUUUGUUAUGUACAAGUGUACCAAAGUUAUAAGGUUAAUCCAAUAUUGGGUGCUAAGCAUUUCCAGAGACUUGGAAUUCAGAAGUUUACUGUACUUGUUGUUUGACGAGAAAAUACUUUUUUCUGACAAAGAAAUCCAUAAAGUUGCUGUUCACAAAUUAAAAAAAAUAUGAUAAAAUUAUUUUUGUGAAACAUUUUCUUGUAAAGGCAAUGGGUAAAAUAUUCAGAUGACCAUAUUAACACCCUGAAGUCAUCAUCUAGUAUGAGACAAAUUUCACAAAUGUUUAUAAAAUGUAAAUUAUACCACAUAUUUGCUAGUUAUAUUUAUAUUUUUAAGUAUAACCUACCCCUAUGAAUUCAGUAAUGGCAAUCAUUGCAAUUUGCCUUUAACAGCAGAUAGAGAAUAUUUUACAGUUAAAAAGAAAAUAUGAAUUACAAUACCGUAUGUUUUUGCUAUUGUCUUAUUUACAAUAGUAACUUCGUCUAUUAUUGCUUUUCAGUAUAAAUAGUCUCUGUUUUUGCAUCACAUCUUUUCAAGUUUGUAAUCUAGAAUUAAAAUUUUUAUCAAAAGUUUCACUUGAUCCAAAAUGAAUACUAUUUACUUUAAUAUAACAGCUUCAAAUAUUUGGUGUCAAUAUAAACAUACUCUAUUAACUUAUUCAUCAGCAUGUUUCAUUUGAUAUGAAUAGGAGACAUUUUCUAUUAGUGAUAAACACAUAAAAUUUGAAUUUUGGAUUAAACAUCUGCACACAUAAUACAAACCAAAACUAAGUGUCAAUUUUCAUGGGUUGACAUAACAGCUGUGGAUAUAUUAGGAACAAGAAGAUUGUGUUACAUCUACAAUAGUUGAUGAUAAAGCAGCACCUUUAUAUACAUGUCUGAACAGUGUUUUAAUGUGCAAACAUUUUCUAAUGUUUCACUCUGACAUGCAAUUUGUGAGCAUAAAAUUACAAAUUGAUGUAGUAUAUUCCUUCAAGUUUAGGUGAAAUAAGGUUAGAUUUCUUCCUAUGAAAAUUUCAUAUAAAGUGUGUACCUGAAAUUGAUAUGUUAAUAUAAAAUAUACCACAAAUGUUUUCUACAUUGAUGAAUUUUUGUAAUAUCAGUUUCCUUUAUUAAUUGAUUUAAUGUCUCGUAAUUGGAUCAUAUUUCGUUAUUCAACACUCUCUCUUCAUAAAAUUAAUUACUUUAUGCAUCAGAUGUUAGAACAUCUGCAUGUGAGGAAAAAUAUUAUUAAUAUGCAUAUCACAUAUCUGAUAUAAACACCCAGAAUGCCUUUACAAGUAUAUGUUUCACAACAUGUUGUUACAAACAUUUGCCAAAAUAAAACUCAAUAAGAAAUCCAAUCAUUGUUGACAGAACUUUCUUUUUUUUGUAUGUUGACUUAUGUUUUAGUAAAAUCAAUUCUUGUGUUAAAAAUAAAUUACAUUGAUUUUUAAAUAAAAGGACAUUAGUUUUGUACAUUUUAUUGUGCCAUUAGUUUUGUGCCUUUGAUAUAAUGUGAUAACAUACAUUUCAGUAUUGUAAUCAGAAUUUGAUUUAAUGGGUUCUUUAAAAACAGUAUCUACGAUUUAUUUUGUUAUAAAGAUUGAUAUAUGCAAAUGAAAUGUUCAAAGUCAAUUUAUGUAUACAUUGUCAAAUUGAAAUACCAUCUCAUUUGUAUGCAAACUUUUGCAUGUUUGUUAUGUAUUACCAAUGGCCAAAAUAAUGUUCAAUUCUUGUAUUCUUUGAAAAUAAAAAUCAUUUUUAAUAAAAAAAUAUAUAUUAAUAA